UACGACUACUACCUUUCCAAGAUGACCAAGAAGAGAAGGAAUACCGGAUUCGCCAAGAAGGGCCGUGGCCACGUCCAGCCCAUCCACUGCACCAACUGUGCCGGCUGCGUGCCCAAGGACAUCAGGAACAUCAUGGAGGCAGCCGCCGUCAGGGACAUCUCCGAGGCCGGCGCGUUCGACUCCUAUGUUCUGCCCAAGUUGUACGUGAAGUUGCACUACUGUAUGAGCUGCGCCAUCCAUAGCAAGGUGGUGAGGAACCGCUCCUGUGAGGCGAGGAAGGACCGCACCCCACCCCCCAGGUUCAGGCCAAGAGGUGGUGCCCCAAGAGCUCCACCCAAGCCCAUGUGA